AUGUCUGCGACGAAGAUACUCCUUCCCAUUUUAUUCUUCACACUUAUGCUACGUACGCUGUUAAUAAGUAGCGAAAGUACACACUCACAAAAUUGUUACAAACUAAGUAGGAGUUCACGCAACACCACGUUAGAGACAAACCGGAAAAAUAUUUCCCUGCAUAUAAAGAAGAGACUCGUUAGGUUAAGGCGAAUUUUCGGUCGUCUGUCCGACCAGGAGCUCCUUGGCCACGUCAUUUCACACAACAACGACUUUAUACAGAUCAGCAAAAAUAUCCCCAAAAAAAAAAAAUGGGAAAAAUUAUUUCUUCCUAAAAAGGACAGUAUAAAUUUCGAAGCUUUUAAGAACUUUUUGAGGCAGGCUGAAUUUGAGUGGCCCCUGACCAUCAACUCCGGGCAGAUAAAGAACCAGGGCUCGAUCAGCAUCCCGGUGUCCCCCAUCGUGUACGUAGAGAGCUGCCGCAAAAUUAGCGAGUUCCUCAAGGGCAAUAACAAAAACAAAGGUGUUAAUGCAGGCACCAACACGGGAGCCAAAAUUAAUUUAAAAAUUAUUAACGACUACGUGAGCGAGCAACCCAUCUCGAACGAUGCAAUGCAAUGCGUCUUUUCCUCCUUUAGCGACUUUCCCGAGCUAACGAGGGAUCAGUUUAUAAGCAAAAUCCAUGAGUGGGCCCCGUCAGAUGGGAUAAUUGACUGGUAUACCUUCGUUUACAACCUGAAGGAGGAGCCCUCGGAUAACAUAAAAAGAUUUUUUGACUAG